AUGAGGAAGCCUGGAGAUCAAAUGGUGAAGGAAAAAUUGAAUAACACUAAGGCUAAAUUGAGGAAGGGUUUAUGGUCACCUGAAGAGGAUGAGAAGCUGAUGAAUUACAUGUUGAUGAAUGGACAAGGUUGCUGGAGUGAUAUUGCAAGGAAUGCUGGAUUGCAGAGAUGUGGGAAGAGUUGCAGGCUUCGAUGGAUUAAUUAUUUGAGACCUGACCUUAAGCGUGGCGCGUUUUCUUCUCAGGAAGAAGAGCUCAUCAUUCAUUUGCAUUCCAUUCUUGGCAAUAGGUGGUCUCAAAUUGCGGCACGACUACCGGGGAGGACAGACAACGAAAUAAAGAAUUUUUGGAAUUCAACGGUAAAGAAGAGGUUGAAAAAUAUUAACAAUAAUUCAACAUCCUCCCAAGACUCAAUAUCAGAGCCUAGGGGUGCUGUCAUGCAAGGAUUAAUAACCAUGAACGAAUAUGACAUGACAGCAAUGUACUUGGAUUCAACGUCGUCCUCAUCUUCCUCCGUGCAAGCCAUGGUUAUGAACAGCCAGUUCAACCCUUUUCCUCCAUUGGACAACAAAUUCAGUGUUGUAAAUGGUACAAUAGCUGGUUCAUUCGAUUUCUCGACAUGCUUACAACAAGUUGAUAUGGCAAAUAGGGGCUUUGGACAGGAUUAUGGAGUCAUGGAACCAUAUGUUAUGGGAUUAGAAAAUGACCUUUCCGUCCCUGCAUUAGAGGGUACAGCGACUGAGCCUAAUAAUGCAGUCUAUGACUAUAUUUUUGACACCAAAGCCAACAUCAACAGCCAGUUGAAUAAUAGUACUGAAAGCAUCAAAGUUGAGGACAUUGUGGGGAUUGAAAAUCAUUGGCAAGGAGAUAGCUUCAAAAUGGGAGAAUUAGAUUGGGAGGGUUUGUUGGCAAAUGUCUCCUCCUUACCUUACCUUGAUUUCCAAGUUGAAUAA